AUCCGGUUCAAUUCUGUUACAGAGCAUACGAGGAACCAACCACUUUCCUCUUCACAAACAAGUUCGCCAUUACCAUACCUUCACAAAUCGAAAAAGAAAUCUUCAAUAUCAUUCUCAACGACGAAUCAAUGCUUCGAGAACUGCAGAUUCCAUCAAUUAAUCACGUCUUGCAUUCAAUUUCCUCUUCCAGGAUCUUCCUCAACCGUAUCGCCUUUCUAUCAUCUUCGAUAUUGAUUCUUCUUAUACACUCAGAUGACGGGAGCAGAUCCCGGUGCAAGGCAACUAGAUCAGACCCCUACUUGGGCCGUCUCUCUUGUUUGCGCCGUUAUUGUUGUCAUUUCUAUAGGCUUGGAGAGCAUUCUCCAUCAUGUUGGUGAGUGGUUUCAUAAAAGAAAAAAGAAAGCUAUGAUGGAAGCCUUAGAGAAGAUCAAAGCAGAACUUAUGGUACUUGGCUUCAUUUCUCUACUAUUGACAUUUGGGCAAAACUUUAUUGCGGGGAUUUGUAUUACCGAAGGAGCUGCGAACACUAUGUUACCAUGCCCAGUUAGACAUGAGCAGACAGGAGAGCACCAGCCUGCUUUAGAGCACCAACCUGCUGCUUUAGAACACCAUAGGAGGCUUCUGUUGUAUGAACAUCGACUCUUAUCUGCUGGUGCUGCAGCUGCAGCAUGUAAGCCGGGCCAUGUGCCACUCAUAUCCAUUAACGGGCUACAUCAACUGCACAUCUUCAUCUUUUUCUUGGCUGUUUUUCAUGUUGUAUACAGUGCCAUAACCAUGUGUCUUGGGAGAUUAAAGAUACGCGGAUGGAAGGCGUGGGAGCAGGAAGCUGCUGCUAAUGAAAACUCGUUAAAUGAUCCUACAAGAUUCAGGCUUACCCAUGAAACCUCUUUUGUCAGGGGUCACACAAAUUUCUGGACCCAAACACCAUUUCUUUUCUAUUUGGCUUGCUUAUACCGACAAUUCUUUAUGGCUGUACGCAGAGCUGAUUACAUAACUAUGCGCAAUGGUUUUGUGUCUGUCCAUUUGGCGCCUGGAAGUAAAUUCGACUUCCAGAAAUAUAUCAAAAGGUCAUUAGAAGACGAUUUCAAAGUAGUUGUAGGAAUCAGUCCUGUAUUAUGGACUUCUGCAGUCAUCUUUUUGUUCGUCAACGUUGAGGGGUGGUACGCUAUGUUUUGGCUCUCGAUGAUGCCUCUAGUUGUUAUUAUAGCAGUUGGGACAAAGUUACAAGCUAUAAUAACUCAAAUGGCAGUUGAAAUCCAAGAAAGGCAUGCUGUUGUACAAGGCAUACCUCUAGUUCAAGUGUCAGAUAAACAUUUUUGGUUUGCCUGGCCUAAAUUAGUACUCCAUUUAAUUCAUCUAACUCUCUUUCAGAAUGCAUUCGAGCUUACUUACUUCUUCUGGAUAUGGUAUGAGUUUGGGUUGAGGUCCUGCUUUCAUAAGAACUUUAAUCUUCAAAUAUUGAGAGUUAUUGUCGGAAUAGGGACACAGUUUCUGUGCAGUUACAUAACUCUUCCACUAUAUGCACUUGUGACACAGGUUGUUAUUUACUUGUAUUUAAAAUAA